AAUACUGCUCACUCUCCCUCAGCACUGCUAGGAUCAACGCAGGCUCAGCAGGGAUACCUGCCCGAGGCUCCUCCUAGCUACUCCUAUGGAGCUCCAGAUCUGAGGUUAUCUGCCGGUGACGUAACGCAUGACCCCUUAGCUGCCCUGGCGGCCCUUAUCCCCAGGAGCGGCAUCCCUGGCCAAGAUUACCCAAUCCUAGCCUCUGUGCCCAACACUGGCUUCUCCUGUGAGGAACAAGAGUUUCCUGGUUACUUCGCCGACACCGCUGACGAGGCCGGCUGUCAGGCCUUCCACAUCUGUCAGUUCGACGGCCGCCACGAUUCCUUCCUGUGUCCCAACGGCACUGUCUUCAACCAGCAGUACUUCGUGUGUGACUGGUGGUUCAACGUGGACUGCGGCGCCUCCGAACAGUUCCGCAGUCUCAACGCUGAGAUCGGCAAAAUUCCCGAGGACGUGGAUGCUUCUAUCCGCACUGAUGUUGGGACGCCCACCCAACUGUACGGCGUCCCUGAACAGCGCCAAACGUCUCCACCACAACCCUCACAACUCUACAACAGACCUAAUAGAUUCUAAAUCUAUCCCACCACCAACACUACUACAGACUCAACUAGUCCUAACUACCCCAAGGACUUCCCUCACCAGCGCCUCAACUCUGCAACAGGACCGACAGAGUCGAACUCCUGAAGAGCCUAAUGAAGAUCUAGUUGUAAUUCAAAAGAUUCCAGUUCACAAUUUUCCCUCUUCAAUCACAAGCCUUCUUUUCUAAUUUAAUGGAUUUUAUAGUUUUCAA